AUGGCUUCAGAUUCGGAAAGCAACAAUGAGCUUGCAUAUCUUAACCCAGAUUUCGAUCUUACUUCACUAACAAUUCCGCGCAUCCGCUCUAUCCUCGUUCACCAUGACGUUUCCUACCCCGCCUCAGCAAAAAAGGCACAACUCAUUGAGAUCCUGCAAAACGAAGUGCUACCACAUGCGAAAAGGUUGCUACGGGAGCGUGACCGAGUGAGGAGGACGAGCAAAGGUAUUACCAAUAUGCCUAGAAAUGGCGCAUCACUGGGGAGUGAGAAUGAAGAGCAAGGGAGAGAAUCGAUGCCCCCACCAUCUACGCCAGCUACGUCACGGAGGGGUAGGUCUCGACCCAGCACGAGGGCAUCUACAGCCGAGCUGGAUGGAAGUGCUCUUUUACAACGACCACCACCUUCUACUUCUAGGAGGCGAAAAACGACGACAAAACACCCCCGGGCAUCCGAUACUGAAACCGGGGAAGAUAUGGGCGUCAUUGAAGAAACUCCACGACGAUCGACCGCUCGGAAAUCGCGAAAGAGCGAAGCAUUUCCCACUCCUCGAGCGUCCACCUCAGCGGAUAUUUUGCCCACACCGAUCAAGUACAAGACCGGCGACGAUGGUGUUUUCACUGACGACAACCCUUUCCAGAGUGGAAGCUCGCCAGUGGAAGCGGAGCAUUAUCCUUGCACUCGAACAGUAAGCGUUGAGCGAAAGCGGAGAAGCGGCACGAGAUAUUCAACGGAGCCUACAGAUAGUCAUGGUCGCAGACCGAGAAAAACGGAACCUGUCAAAGUGAAGCAAGAAGAGGAUGUGGAGGUCCCGUCAAGCUCAACAUUUGACAUAUCUGUUUCUCUUCUGUCAACGCCUAAGGUUGAAGAAUCGGAUGAAUCUGGCACUUUGGAACCUGGAGAAGAAUUUACUCCUGAAGAGUUGCCAUCGCUGACGGGGCAGCAACCUGCCAAAGGGAGCCCGCGCAGGCAAACGCGGAAAGAGGGAAAGUUCAGUAAACUCGCUCCUUGGGUAGUCAUUUUUUCACUCCUAAGUGGAUUUGGUGCAUGGUUGCGUAAGGAGAAGAUUGAGAUUGGCUAUUGCGGAGUAGGGAAACCUUACUGGUCAUUGGCGGAUACCAAAGUGCCAGAGUGGGCAGAGGUUUUGCAGCCAAAGUGUGAACCAUGCCCUCCGCAUGCUUUUUGUUACCCAGAGUUCGAAGUUAGAUGCGAACAGGACUUCCUUCUGAAACCGCAUCCGUUGGCCCUUGGAGGAUUGAUUCCCCUGCCGCCAUCCUGCGAGCCUGAUGGGGAGAAAGUUCGCCGUGUAAAAUCGGUUGCCGAUAAGGCAAUUGAUGCGUUGAGAGAGAGAAGAUCAAAAUGGGAAUGCGGCGAACCGGAUACAGCAGGCGGAACUGUGGUACCAUCCCCGGGGAUGACAGCAGCCGAGCUUAAGGAGGAGCUGAACAAGAAAAAGAGGAAGGGGAUGAGUGAAGAGGAGUUCGAGGAACUUUGGAGAGCAGCUAUGGGUGAAAUAACGAGCCGUGAGGAGAUUGCCACUUCCACCCAAGGCCCGUCCGACAGCAUCAUAUACGCAUCAACAUCACUCUCCCAUCUCUCGCUCAGCUGCGCCUUCCGACGACACCUACGCCUCUCUCUCUUCGCGUAUCGAUUCCCUCUUCUCCUUCUAGCACUUCUGAUCGUUGCCGUAGCAUAUGCACGUUCGACGGUGCUUGCGCGCCGCUCCGACACUGCCCGCAUCCCUUCGUUGGUGAACAUGACCCUAGACCGCCUCGCCACGCAAGCAGCGUUGCAUGCUCGCGGGGAGGCGCUGGAAUCGUGGAUCUCUAUUGGCCAGCUGCGCGACGACGUGCUGCGGGAUGAGCUGAAGGGCAGUCGGCGGGAGAUGUUGUGGAAGCGGGUGCGAGGCAUCGUGGAAGGUAAUGCAAAUGUUCGCGCAUCGGUGAGGGAGGGGCGGGCGGGUGAUGUGUCGCGGGUCUGGGAGUGGGUUGGAGGAUUGGGGGUGUGGGGUGGGGGAGUGGGGCGAGAGUGCUGGGAAGAAGAGGAGGGAGAGUAG